CUUUGGCUACCCAAAUCCAACAAAACUAAAUCCAUCCAAAAAACCACUUUCACUCAGGGAACAACCUCAUUCUCUCCGACGAGCAGCGGUCCAUUUCUACCCAGCCGCAAUAACUUUCCGGCUCGGCAAUGGCCGCUGUUCGCCGCCGUCUCUCUCUCCUCCUCCUCCUCACCCUCUUCACCUCCCUCUCCCCCACCUUCUCCGCCAACGAGAACCAAGCCCUCCUCAAGCUCAAGCAAUCCUUCAUCAACCCCAAGUCCCUCUCCUCCUGGGUUCCCAACCAGAACCCCUGUUCUUCCAAGUGGGUCGGUGUCAUCUGCUUCAACAACAUCAUCUCCAGCCUCCACCUCACCGAUUUAGACCUCUCCGGCACGAUCGACAUCGAAGCUCUCAUGCAGAUUCCCACCCUCCGAACCAUCAGCUUCGCCAACAACUCCUUCUCCGGCCCAAUGCCGGAGUUCAACAAACUCGGUGCCCUCAAAGCUAUCUACCUCUCGCAGAACCAAUUCUCAGGGCCAAUCCCUGCAGAUUUCUUCUCCCACUUAGCUUCCCUGAAGAAAAUCUGGAUUUCCAACAACAAAUUCUCCGGCAACAUCCCUGACUCGUUAACCAAGCUUCGUUUCCUCUCGGAACUCCACCUCGAGAACAACGAGUUUACAGGCUCUGUUCCUGAGCUGAAACAGGACAUCAAAUCACUAGACAUGUCGAACAACAAGCUACAAGGCGCAAUCCCCGCCGGAAUGUCGCAGUACGGCGCGAAAUCAUUCUCCGGCAACGAAGGGCUCUGCGGGAAGCCGCUUGACAACGAGUGCGACCCGUCUUUGACACCGUCUGGAACAGGGCAAGGAGGGUUCACCUGGGUGAUGAAGAUCAUCGCGAUGCUCUUCAUUGUGGCGGUGAUGAUGGUGGUGUUCAUGUUCGUGAAGUCUCGGCGUGCCCGGGAUGAUGAUUUCAGCGUGAUGAGUAGGGAGAAUCUGGACGAGGUUGUGCAGGUGCACGUACCGAGUUCGAACCAUAGCAGGGCUUCGGAGAUUAGCAAGAAGGAAUCAUCGAAGAGAGGGUCGUCGAGGAACGGGAUGGGUGAUCUUAUCAUGGUGAAUGACGAGAAGGGUGUGUUUGGUUUGCCGGAUUUGAUGAAGGCUGCGGCGGAGGUUUUGGGGAACGGUGGAUUGGGUUCGGCUUACAAGGCUGCCAUGUCGAAUGGAUUGUCUGUGGUGGUGAAGAGGAUGAGGGAGAUGAACAAAGCGAGCAGAGACAUCUUUGAUGCUGAGAUGAGAAGGUUUGGGAGGCUUAGGAAUCGCAAUAUCAUGACUCCUUUGGCUUACCAUUACCGCAGGGAGGAAAAGUUGUUUGUCACUGAGUACAUGCCCAAAGGAAGCUUGUUAUAUGUUUUGCACGGUGAUAGAGGGACUAGUCAUGCUGAGCUGAACUGGCCUACCCGUUUGAAGAUUGUGAAGGGAAUUGCAAGAGGGUUAGGCUUUCUCUAUACUGAAUUUUCUGCUGAAGACCUGCCCCAUGGAAACCUCAAAUCCAGCAAUGUUCUGCUAGAUGACAGUUACGAGCCUCUCUUAGGUGACUUUGCCUUUCACCCCCUUAUCAACCAGAGCUAUGCCGUGCAGACAAUGUUUGCCUACAAAACUCCCGAUUUCAUGCUGUACCAGCAAAUUUCGCAGAAGACCGAUGUUUACUGCCUCGGAAUCAUCAUUCUUGAAAUCAUCACUGGGAAGUUCCCUUCUCAGUAUCACAGCAACGGCAAGGGUGGGACUGAUGUGGUGCAAUGGGUCUUCACAGCGAUUUCCGAGAGAAGAGAGGCAGAAUUGAUUGAUCCAGAGUUGGCAACGAGCAAUAAUGCGAACUCAAUGGGUCAAAUGUUGCAACUUCUCCAAAUUGGGGCUGCUUGCACGGAGAGCAACCCCGAACAAAGACUUAACAUGAAGGAAGCCAUUAGGAGGAUAGAGGAGGUACAGGUUUAAAGAUCAUGUCAAUAUGCUAGCUUAGUGCAAGUUGCUUUUUUAGGGGAGAUUACAGGCCUAGGAAAGAUUACAAUAUUCAGCAUCUUGAUCCAACACUUCUAUUCUGAAUGAUCUUCGAAAGCGUCGUGGUAAGCAAUGAGUAUUGCACGUGAUGAAAAACAAACAUGGGGCCACAAUGAACAUGUGGAGGAAGAAAAAGAGGUAGAGAGGGAGAAAAGCUUCAUGGAAGAGUUCGGUUAUACUGAGAACGAUGACAUGUUGGGUGAGGGCGGGAACAUAAUCUCAUUACAGUUAACAGAAUGAGAGACAGAAACUUAGAAACAAUAAUUGAGAGAUGCUGAUGCUUGGAGUGUUUGCCAUGUUUUUCUUGUCCAUUUGAAGAGAGGAAAAUGUUGAAGUCCAAGCUCAGUUUGAGUGAGUGUGGUGUUGGUGUGCCUCUUUCUGCUGAUAAAGGUCCUUGUAAAUUUUGUGCAAUUCUUGUAAAAUAAAAACAAAACCAUUUUUGAGACAACAUCCCUCAAAAUUUACUGCUGAAAAGUUUGUACUAGACGGAUUUUCAAGCUUUCCUCUUAUGUCUAUCAAAUCCAAGGGCUGUUUCUCUUUU